AUGUCUGACGAGAGCACUACCAUCGCUGUCGCCGUCGAAGACGGGACGAAGACGCUCGGCCGCUUGACGACGGAUCCCGCUCCGCUCAAGAGCAACCCUCCCUCGCCUGAGCUGCCCACAGUCGUCGCAGAGAAACCCCCGACCUCGCUCCCCCACCCCGCCCUCGACAAUGACGCAGCCGCACCCGACGCGGGAUCACCGAAAGUGCUCGUCUCGGCUAACGACAGCUCUCUGACCGGUCUUGCGUCCCCGCAGCCUCCCAGCGACGCUGAUGCGGAGGACGACUCGUUCGCCACUCCCGAAGCCAGGACAGAUGCCCUCCCCUCCCCGUCCGAAGGCGACCUCUCCAGCAUCCCGCUCUCGCCCGCCUCCCCGUCCCCCGCCCCGCCACUAGCGACGAUCUCGCUCACGUCCCCCACCUCACCCGCACCCGCACCGACCCCUCCCGCCUCCACCACCGCCUUCCCCGGCACCCGCCUGCCCCCGAUCUCGACCACCGUCCCGCCCUCCGCCGGGCUCCACUCCGCCAUCUUCGACGCGGGCCCCGUCUCGGCCGUGACGCCCGCGCCCCCGCGCAAGCCCGCGGGGCUCGAGGCCCUCCUCUCGCCGACGGACCCCGACCGGAAGUUCUCGACCGUGCGCGGGUCGCUCGCGAGCGUGGCCGAGACGGAGUCGGACGCGGCGGAGGACGACGCGCGGUUCUCGACCGUGCUCCUCUCGAGCGCGCGCGAGAGCCUCGCGGUGGAUGGAGACGACGACGAGGGGCCGAGGGUAGGAGCGGGUGCGGGGAGGCUGGCGACGGUCGAGGAGGGCACCGGGUCGGACGAGAACACGCUGGUGGCGGACGACUGGCGGGCGAAGCACAAGAAGUCGGCGUCGACGUCGACGAUCCUGUCGACCAACAACGUCCCGUACGUCAUGGCCAAGCUGGAGGAGAGCGCGGAGGCGGCGGCGGGCUCGCGGCCGGCGAGCAUGUACAGCGAGGCGGACCAGAUCAAGGAGGAGUUCUACCUCAAACAGAACGAGGAGGAGACGGUUGACUGGGACUUCUGGGGGCUCGUCAUGAAUGACUAUCAGGGUUUUGCCUCGGAGCAUCCGGAGCAACUUGCCGCUGCCAUUGAGCGCGGCAUCCCGAAGACCUUACGCGGUAUGAUAUGGCAACUAAUGUCUGCAUCCAAGGACCCAGCAUUAGAGCAGACAUAUCUCCGACUAUUGAAGGAACAAAGUCCGCAUGAGAAAGCUAUCAUGCGCGACCUCGGAAGGACAUUCCCGAACCAUACCUUCUUUACUGAAGGGCAUGGGAUUGGGCAGGAAAACCUCUUCAACGUGCUCAAAGCCUACUCCAUAUAUGACCCCGAAGUAGGGUACUGCCAGGGCUUGCCGUUCAUCGUUGCUAUUCUGCUGCUCAACAUGCCUGACGAAGAGGCAUUUUGUCUGCUUGUGCGCCUUAUGCACUCAUAUGAUCUGCGUGGCCACUUCUUGCCAGACAUGCCGAGGCUUCAGCUAAGACUGUUCCAGUUCGAACGAUUAUUGGAGGAAGUCCUCCCGGUGCUCCACCUCCACUUCGUCCGACAAGGUGUCAAAGCGAACAUGUACGGCUCACAAUGGUUCCUUACGAUGUUCAGCUACCGCUUCCCGAUGGAGAUGGUCUUCCGAAUAUACGACAAGGUGUUUGCGAACGGCAUAGAGGCCCUGUUCAACUUCUCGAUCUCCCUCCUGAACAAGAACGAACCCACGCUGCUCGCGAUGAGCUUCGACAGCACGGUCGCCUUCCUCAACCAGCGCAUCUUCGACGUCUACGAGGUCCAGCUCCCCGGCCUCACCCCGAACACCCCGGCGAGCGAGCGCCGGUAUCGGGUGGACGAGUUCGUGAACGACGCGAUGAUGCUCCGCAUCACGCCGUUUAUGCUCGACACCUAUGCGCACGAGUACGAGGAGCUGAUCCGGGCGCGGGACGCGCACAAGUUCGAGCUGGAGGGGCUCAAGACGGCGAACCAGCGGCUGUCCGCGCAGGUGAAGACGUUGGAGACCACCCUCUCGCAGGUCAACACGGAGCACUGCGAGGUGCUGAACGAACUGGUGAGGUCGCGCUUGCGACACGAGGAGCUCGAGUCGGAGCUCGUCCGGUACAAGCUUCUGUACGCCGAGGCGAUGCACCAGAGCGAAGACGCGCUCUCCUCCCACCGCAUCUCCAUCAUGAGCAACCGGGGAAGCAAACGCGGGAGCAAUAGCACCAACGGGUGA